AUGACCAAGAUUGCCCUCCUCGGCGCCGCUGGCCAGAUCGGCACUCCACUAAGUCUUCUUUGCAAAGCCAGCGACCUUUUCACCGAAAUCGCCCUCUAUGACAUUGUUCAUGCACCUGGAAUUGCUACCGAUCUUAACCACAUUGAUACAAAGGCAAAGGUGUCGGGCUUUUUGCCUGCUGAUGAUGGCUUAGUCAACGCGUUGAGCGGCGCCGACGUCGUUAUUGUCACUGCUGGAAUUGCUAGGAAACCUGGAAUGACACGAGAUGAUUUGUUCAAGACCAAUGCUUCGAUCAUUUGGGAUAUCUUUUCCCAAGUGGCAAAGACCUGUCCCAAGGCGAUUUCAUGCAUUGUGACCAAUCCAGUCAACUCGACAGUUCCCGUUGCUGCCGAAGCUUUGCGCUCAGCAGGUGUUUUUGACCCCACGCGCCUCUUCGGUGUAACUACUCUGGAUGUGGUGCGCGCGUCAAAGUUCGCCGCGGACGCCCUCGGUAGUGACGCCGAUCCAACCAGUAUUAAAGUUCCGGUCAUCGGUGGUCAUAGUGGUGCUACAAUUCUUCCUCUUUAUAGCCAGGCUCAGCCGCCGAUUGACCUGGGCGCCGACUUGCCAAAGGUUAUUAACCGAGUUCAGUUUGGUGGCGAUGAAAUUGUAAAGAGCAAGCAAGGAGCCGGAAGCGCCACCACUUGCAUGGCCUAUGCCGGUUUCCGAUUCGUGAAGGCUUUGCUUACGGCGAGAGCAGGAACAACGACUAUCGAGGAGGCAUACGUUUACCUACCAGGAAUUCCUGGGGGAAAGGAAAUUGCUACACAGCUCCAGGUCGAUUAUUUUGCUGUCAAGGUGGAGUUUGGUCAGCAAGGUUCCCAGAAGGUACUCCCCAUCGGAGAUAUAUCUGAUGAUGAGCAGGCCCUUCUUCAAAAGGCUGUCAGUGAACUGCAAGUAAAUAUUCAGACAGGUUUAGGAUAUUCGGCCGCUGGAAAAUAA